CAUUUUGGUGCAGAUCAGUGCAUUGUGAAGGGAGUCUUUUAAGGCGCUGGUUGUGUUGAACUCAGACAUGAAGACCGUGUUGUUGCUUCUCAUCCUUGCUGUCACUCAUGUGGCAGUUACGUCGUACAUAUUUGAAACUCUUGAAGUAGCAAGACGAGAUGAAGAGGAGUUUGUAAACAAUCAAGAUACAGGGACCGAUGUUAGGCGAGCUGAUCCACUUGGAGAUCGAACUGGAAUUCUAUCUGAUGGUCCAUCUGGUGAGGGUGAAGGCUCAGGAGUUUCCCCGCCGGACGAAGAGGUCAUUGUUACUUGUGGACAGAACGAGAUGUCCAUCAGCAUUCCGAAAUCCCUUCUUAAUGGCCUGGACGUGGAACAUAUCCGUCUUACUGAUGUAGAUUGUGGAGCCACAGAAAACCCAGCUCGCGACCGCUACAUUCUUCAGACGGACCUGACAGGAUGUGGCACAUCAAGCAGGCACAUCAGGAAUUUCGUGACUUACAUGAAUAAGGUGGAGGAGAUUCCCGUGGAGGAUGAUCAGGUAAUCACACGUGUCCGUGAAGUGGAGAUACCUUUCACUUGCGCUUACUCAAACACGGGAGUCGUGUCGGCCGUUGGUCUGCAAGUGGAGAGCAAAAAAAUUGUUUUCUCCGAGAAAGGAAUGGGAAAGUUCGUACUGGAGAUGAAGAUUUUCCCAGAUGAUUCAUAUGAAGGUCAAUACACGAAGCGAGAUUUUCCAGUGACCGUGCCAUUGAGGAAAGUAUUGUACGUGCAAGUAAGCGUGGACACAGAUGAUUCGGAUCUAGCAAUUUUAGCAGAAACGUGUUUUGCCACGCCCGAUGCCAAUCCCAAUAAAGAGGGACUGAAAUACGUAUUCAUCAAAGACGGAUGUUCCGAAGACGACACCUUGGAGUACAAGGAAUCGAGUGAUAAAAGAAGGCAGCGGUUUAGCUUAGAGGCGUUCAAGUUCCUGGGUGACAAUCAGUUUGUGUACAUGCAUUGCAAGGUCAAGAUAUGUGACGCAAAUGAUACUAACUCACGCUGCGCACAGGGCUGUCUGCGUAAUUCCCGACGAAGAAGGUCGCUGUACACUCAGGAAACAAAUGAUGAUGAGUAUCUAUUGGCCCAGGGACCUUUCAUGCGGGGAACAGAGGAAAGCGAUGAUACAGACUCGCAGGUGGAUAUCGAACUUCAUGAGAUUGAAAACAGCGGUCAACUCACCCCUCUUGUUGCUGCUAUGGCUGUUUUUGCUGCUGUCUGUGUUAUGGGUGUGUCGUACUUCGCCUGGAACUUGAAGAGGAAGCGCAGAGUUGUUCGUGGUUAUCAGCUCCUCACUGCCCCCACUGAUGACUGACAACUUCGACUGGGAUAAGGAGCUGGACAGUCGUGAUCUUUUUACAACCGCUAUACUAAUUCUAGUUUUGAAAUAGCCAAUUUCCGAAUUACCGUUGGCCUCAUUUUUAAAACGAGUCCUGGUGCUCAUCCUUUCAUAUGAUUAUAAGUUUUCAUUCAAAUGCAAAUUAAACUCAUUUUCACAAGAAUUAGGUUGUAUUAGAGAGCACUCUUUAUUUUUAAGAAAAACAAACAACAAAUUCAUGUGCGUGAUGUAAGAAGGUCGCCGUAAGGAGCGAAUGAGUUUUACCUUUAAACUUUUCGCAUUGUGAGUAGUUUACUUUCAAAAGAGUUAAAGUUAUGUUAUUCUUUUAAUAUUUAAUCACCAGUACCCCAGUGUAAACCGAAAAUUUUUGCUGGUCAAUCUGUUAUUAUGCAUGUUACAUUAUAUUCACCAAAACGUGAUUAACAUAAGUUUCACAUGAAAUAAAAAUCAUAUUAACCCGAUU